AUGGAGAGCGCUGUGACUCAAGUCGGGUGGGAAGAUUCAUCCUACAUAUGGGAGGUUCGAGACUUCCUCGAUCUCCGUGAAAUGGCCAAGGAAGACCCAUCAUGUUCUGCAAGUCGAUUGGAGAGUCCUGUUUUCAAGUGCUUUUCCCUGUGGCUUUUCCCUAAUGGCCAGGAACAGCACGACUCCGUUGGGUUGAUAGACCUCGCCAUUAUGUUUAAGGGCAAGAGGGGCUCCGUUAGAGCUAAGUGGACUGCCUGCUUCCUUGAUGAAAGGGGAGAGACGAGUCUGCACCUGCACUGUGAUCACCUUGCACUAACUGUAGUGACCAAAUGGGCCUUCUGCCAACAGUGA